CUGGUGGCGCCACAAGUUUAAUCAUUAAAAUUUAUAAAAAAAUACAUUUUUUCAGUUUUUAAAUUUGAAAUUUUUUUUUAUGACAAAUAUCAGUACUCAUAUAUACAUAUAUAUUAUUUAUUAAAACUGGAAUGUGGAACAAAAUGAAACAAACGUCGAGUGCAGAGUAGAGAGUAACAUUAAUGUCCUUUGAAUUUAAUAAUACAGUAGAGUUUUAUUUAAAAUGGAAAGGGAAAAGCGAAUGGAUGAAAUUUCAAAUUUAAUUUAACUUGAUCAUUGACUGCUACAAGUUACAAGUGACGUUAAAUAAUUUUUAAAAAUUUUCAAAGUAUAUUUAAACUAAAUAAAGUCAAAUUAACUGAUAAAGAUAUUUAAAAUUAAAAUAUAUUCAAUUAUGCUGGCAGAACUUUUUCCUUUUUGGACGAAAUACGGCUAUUGCAUAAUAAUUGUACUCGUUUUUUACAGUAUUGUAAACUUGGUAUCAAAAUACAAAGCGAGUUAUUGUGAAAGCGGUAGAAAUGAAAAUAAUAAUUAUUUAACUGAGUACGGUAAAGAGUUUGAAGAUGAGCCAGCUUUAUCAAUAAAUUUACAACACAUUCCUUACGAUUAUAAAAAACCAACUGCCGAUCAAUUGGAAAAAAGAGCUGCAGAAUUUUAUAAAAUAGCGAAUGCGCGCAGGACGAUCAGAUUUUUUAGCUCGGAAUCGGUACCACGGCGGGUUAUUUAUGACAUUAUUAAAUCAGCAGGUACUGCACCAAGUGGUGCACACACUGAGCCUUGGACUUUUGUGUUGGUGUCUGAUAAAGAAAUGAAGUUGAGGAUAAGAGAAAUAAUCGAGCAAGAAGAAGAGAUAAACUAUAAAAAACGUAUGGGUAAAAAGUGGACGACGGACUUGAAACCGCUAAAGACUAAUUGGAUAAAAGAGUAUCUCACGCAAGCGCCGUAUUUAAUUAUUGUAUUUAAACAAAAAUAUGGCACGCUGGCUGAUGGACGGCCAAAGAUUCAUUACUACUGUGAUAUGAGUGUCGCUAUUGCUUGCGGUAUUCUUAUCACUGCCAUUCAGUAUGCGGGACUUGUUACACUCACAUCGACGCCCUUGAACUGCGGACCUGCACUAAGAAAUCUUUUGGGACGACCUUCCAAUGAAAAAUUAUGCCUUCUUUUACCUGUUGGUUACCCAGCUGAUGAUGCCACUGUACCUAAACUCGAACGUAAAUCUUUGGAAGAUAUUUUAAUUGAAUUUUGAUAUUUGAUGAAUAAUAAUUAAAAAAUAAAAAUAAUUUAAUGGUAAUUAUGGUGGACAACAAGCUCUUCCCAUUAAUUUUAUAGAGUUGAUGUCUUGGAUAUUAUUAAAAAUAAUGAAAUAAAG